AUGAAUGCUCAAUCAAAUGAUUUUACAUCGGUUUUAUUUGAAAUUAAAGCAAACCCAUUACUGAAAAGAGUGAUAUUUGCGGAUGUUGGAGAUAGAAGUCGAAUAGAAGGUGAAGAAGAAGUUCUAUUCAAUCUCAAUUCACUCUUUAAGAUUGUUUCUGUUUGUUUUGAUGCUGAACUUAAUGUAUGGAAAGUAGAACUGAAUGCAACUGAUGAAGGUGCAGAAAAAGUAGAAGAAUAUCUUGCAUUUUCGAAACAACAGAUGGAAGAAUACACUCCACUUAUUUAUUUUGGUAGACUUCUCUUGUAUGAAUUAGGUCUAGUAGAUCGUGCAGGAAAAUAUUUUAAUAUGUUAUUGGGAUCACUUCCACAAGAUCAUCCUGAUAUUGCAGCUGUUUAUAAUCAUAUUGGUAUAGUACAUGACAGGAGAAAUGAAUUGAAUUUAGCAUUGAAAAACUAUGAGAUAGCUUAUGAGAUGCGUCGAAAACAACUACCUUCAAAUCAUCCUCAUAUUGCUGGUUCACUCAACAAUAUUGGUGGUAUUUAUAAAGAAAAAGGUGACUUUAAUACAGCACUCGAUUAUUUUCACCAGGCUUUGAGAGUUUACGACAACUUAUAUCCCGGUAAUAAUCUACAAAAAGCAAUCAUAAUCGAAAAUAUUGGGUUAGUAUACACGGAUAAAGAAGAUUUCGAUACGGCUCUUACUUAUUUCUCUCAUGCUCUGGAGAUGUAUAAACAUGUUCUCCCUGAUCAACACUCUCAGAUAGCAACAUGUCUCGGUGGAAUAGGAUAUACCCAUGAGAAGAAAGGUAAUUUAGAUAUUGCUCUGGAUUAUUAUCAACAACAAUUAAAUAUGGAAGAACAAUGUUUACCUUUCGAGCAUUCAAGUCUUUCGAUUCAUCUCGGUUCGAUCAUCGACAUUUAUAAAACCAUGAAUGAGAUUGACAAAGCCUUAGACUUGUGUCAACAAAAGCUUCUUAUUCAAAAAACUAGAUUGGGUGAAAACCAUCCUCGUAAUGCUCGGACAUUAAUGAUCAUGGCUAAUUUAAUUAAGGAUGACAAUCCAAACGAAGCAUUACAAUAUUAUGAGCAAGCUCUAUCUGUAUUAGAGAAUUGCACACCACUGGAUCAUCAAGUCACUUCUGAUUGUUUGACAUCAAUGGCUGGUUUAUAUUCCAAUUGUGAUAUGAUGGAAGAUGCAUUACGAUGUGACAUCAAAGCACUUGAAGUUGAUCGUCAAACAUUGUCUUCUGAUCACAUUAACAUCGCAAACAGCUUAAGAAAUAUUGGUAUAGAUUAUGAAAGAAUGAACAACUUAUCCGAAGCACUUCGUUAUUUCAGUGAAAGUCUUUCGAUCUAUCGAGCUAAUUAUGGACCAGAGCAUGAAAUGGUGAAGAGAGGUGAAGCAGACAUUGUCAGAGUGAAGAAGAAUAAAAAAAUUCAAGCAAUAAGAAAUAGUCUACAGCCGUUGACAGUAGAGCAUGUGUAA